AUGCCUUCAACAUUUAAUUCACUUAAAAGUAACAAAAAUGAUAGAAAAAGAAUGGAGAAUCCUUUUUUUGUAGCAAAAAACCAAUGUUUUCAGAAUAUUAGUGGAUCUUCAGGACGUGUGAAAUCUUCUUAUUAUCAAUCAAAUUUCGAUGAUGAUUGUACAGGGUAUUGUAGAGAGAAUGAUACUUCAAUUUUUCAAUUACCAACAUCAUUAACAAAAAGUUUUGAGGAUUCAGAAGAAUAUUGUAAAAAUACCUAUUAUACACCUAGAGAAUAUAAUCAAGAAAAACAUAUAAGACCCUCAAAAAUUGAUCUUGAUUGUUACAAUGGACCAAAAAAAAAUGAAAAAUACAAUAAUAAGAAAGGAGGCCUUUAUAAUUAUGACUUGUCAUUUGAUCUAACAAUCUUUAAAAAUACCUUAGGACAAGCUUCAUUUUUAGAUGAUUCUGGUUACAAAAGUACAGUUAAUGAAAAAAGCUUUUAUAUGUCACCUGAUAGUAGAAAUAAAAAUACAUUACUUACAUCUUCUUAUUAUGGAACUGGAUGGUUGUUAGCUGAGUCAUUAACUCCAGAAGAUGAAGAUAACUCCAAUGAUUGGGAAGCUCAAAUGACGGUUGGUAAGCAAAAAGUUCAGGUGACGGAGGUUGAAGAAAUUCUUAGUACAAAUUUUGCCUUUAUUUCUGGAUCAUCCACAAGAGAAGGUCAUCCAAUAUUAACAUUUCCUGAUGCUAGAAGUCAAAUAACAUUUGAACAAUAUCAUUUAUUGAUAACAUACUUAUUUCAAGUACCAUUAUUAGAAGAUACACAAAAAGGGUUUGUUUUAAUUAUUGAUAGAAGAAAUGAUAAAUGGUCUUCAUUGAGGAUAUUAUUUUCUUAUUUAAUGAAUUACUUUCCUGAACCAAUACGCUUAAUAUUUCUUCUAAAACCUGAAGGUGUCUUUCAACGUGCAUUAGAGGUUGGAUAUAGAAAUUUUUUUGAUUCUACAAAAUAUAAAGUUGUUAUAUGUCAAAGUGUAACAGAAUUAGGUGAAUAUAUUGGUCCAGAAAGGCUAACAAUGGAUGUUGGUGGUGAAUUAAAAUAUAAUCAUAAAGAAUGGAUUGAUCAUAGAAUGGAUAUUGAACGAAUGAAGUCAUCUGCCUCUGUUAUUGCUGAAUCUUUAUCAAAUUUUGCAAAAUGUCUUCGUGAAACUGAGCUUCCAAAUGAUGUUGAUACAACUGAAAGAAUCUUACAAAUACAAAGUGGUGAUAGAGAUGCGAUAAAAGAAGAUUUUCGAAUUGCUAUAAGAAAAGGUUUAACAUUAUUACGUCAUAUAAGACAGGCUGAGGAGAAACCUCAUGCCGAUGAAUUAUCACCAACUCGUUACCAUAAUGUGACGGCUGUCGAAAGGAUGUUAGUUCAAUUAGAGGAAACAGAACGUAGUUUUGAUACUUUUUGGGAGAAACAUCGCCAACGCCUCACUAACUGCCUUCAACAGAGAAGAUUUGAGGAACGAUUUCGAAAAUUACAAUCAAAUUUUGCUAAACACAUGAUCUAUCUAGAGGAACAUCGUGAAGUAGGUGAUUCUGUUGAGAGAGCAGAAAUUUUGGCUAAUGAACAUAAAGAAUAUAUUAAAAUGGCAAAGGAGGAUGUUGAGAUAGCACAAGUAUUAAGAAAAGAAGGAGAUGAAUUGAUAAAUAAUCAUUUACAAGAUAAUGAAUUAAGUGGAAGUUUAUUACCAAAAUGUGAUGAAUUAACAAGGAUGGCAGAGGCAUUACAAUCAGCUUUAGAUAGAAGAGCAGAAGUUUUACAGUUAAGCAUGACUAUGCAUCGUCAAAUUUCAGAGGCUAAUAAAUGGUGUAAAGCCGGAGUUCAACUUUUAUCAAAUAUUCCAAUAGAUAUCAAUCCAACAUCAAUUUCAACAACAAUUUCUAAAAUGGAUGAAUUUUUAAUGGAAGGAUCCAAAUUACAACUAGAACCUUUUAAUGCUAAACAGACAAUGAAUAGUUUAAUACUAUUAACAACCACUGAAACGAGUACACUUUUAGCUCAGGUUGCUGAAAGAAUAGAUGAUAUAAGAAGGAUGGGUGUAGCAAGGAGAGAUGCUUUACUUAAAUAUACUGAGCGUGAAAUAAAGAAACCAGUUCAAAUUGUUUCUCCAGAAAAAUCAUUACCUUCAACUCCUGCUAAAGAAUUUAAUAAUAUUCCUCCAAACAUAAUAUCUGGUGAGGUUAAAAAAAAUUUCACUACUUGUAGUGAAGAUAUUACGAUUCUUGAGAUGAAACGUAGACUUCCUCGAUUAUUUAACUCAUUUCGUGCUAAAAGAGUUUUUUUAUUUAACAAAACUAAUCAUAAUGAUCAUGGAAUGGAUUAUAAAAAUGAUGUAUUUUUAUCAAAAAUUGAUUCAACAUCAUCAAAUGAUAAAAAUACAUUUAUAUCAUCAUCCUCUUCUGGACCAUCUACAGGAGUAAGUAGUAAUAUGACAACACCUGAACAUAGUGAUUAUAAUGAUGAUCCUAUUACAAAACAAUCCUGUAAUACAAAUAAUAUUACAGAAACCAUAAUAUUAAAUAAAGGAUUAGAUGAUAUUUAUGAAAAUGAUGAUAUAAAACCACGAAUAAGGUAUCGUAAUGCUAUAAAAUUAGAGGAAAGAAAAGAGUCUCGUGCUAGGAGAAAUAUGAAAGCAGUCUCUGCUUUUAUGACAACAGAUGUACCACAUUCUAUUCAAGGAUUAUUUCAAAGAAAACCAUCUACUAGAUCAUUAAGAUUAAAAAUGAAUCCUGUUACAAGUAAGGAGAAAAAUUCAAAGAAGUAUACAGAAGAGGUUUGUAUUGAAUUUAGUGAUGAGGAGGAUGACUAUGAUAAAAAAUGUUUUUAUGAUAAUAUGAAAGAUAUUGAAAUUGUUAACGAUUUUCAACAGUGCACAGUAGUUGAAGAUAUGCCAUCAACAACUAAUUUUAGUUUGGAGACAGAGAAUCAUCGAGAUACAAAUGGCAUAGCAAGUUUUGUCUUAGCUGAAUUGAUGUCAACUGAACAGUCAUAUGUCCGUGAAUUGGCAUCAAUUGUUGAUUAUUAUAUUAUACCAUUUGAGAAUUUAGAAAAUACUAAUACUUUACCAUUACCAAUACGAGGAAAAUCUUCUUUGAUUUUUGGAAAUCUUCGAAAUCUUCUUGAUUACCAUAAUAAUAUAUUUUUAUCAGCUUUAAUGACUGCAAAUAAUGAUAUCCCUACUAUAUGCCGUUUAUUUAUAUCUGAAAGAAAUCAUCUUCUAUCAUUGUAUAGACCAUAUUGUCAAAAUAAAUCACAAAGUGAAACUUUCCGUCGUGAAUAUGUAGAGGGAAAAAAAUUUUUUAAUGAUUGUCAAAGGAGAGCAAAACAUUUAUUACCACUAAGUGCUUAUCUUCUUAAACCAAUACAACGAAUUACUAAAUAUCAAUUACUUUUAAAGGAAUUAAGCCGACAUUGUGAUGUUGUUUAUCGUACUGAGGUUGAGACAGCAAUCGCAGCAAUGUUAGAUUUACUAUCACAGUUAAAUGCUGACAUGCAACAAUUGAGAAUCUCUGGUUUUAAUGGUGAUCUUAGUCUUUUGGGUUGCCUACGCCUCCAUACUGAAUGCGAAGUUAUGUCAUUUAAAAAGAAAAAUCACCGAUUUGGUAAAUCACAACGACGUUUCAUACUUUUAUUUGAUCAUGGUGUUGUUUUAUGUAAAAAAAGAAAUCAACCAAUAACUCUUGAUUCAGAGUAUUAUGAAUUUAAAUUGUUGAUUCCUUUAAAGAUACUAGGUUUUUCAGAAUUUAGUAAAGCUGGUUCUGAUAAAUUUGAGAUAUGGGAUAAUAGUAAAAAUGAAGGAUUCGCCAUUACAAUCCUUGAUGAUCAUAGUAGAAUGAAAUGGAUUCAACGUAUAGGAAAAUUCCUUCAAAUAGUUCAUGAAAAUAAAGUUACAGAUACUCAAAGAGUAUCAAUAGAAGAAUGUCAUAUAAAUGAUAAUAAAAUUCAAAAUGACGAUUUUGAUGGUAAAGGUAUUCAAAGAAAUGGAAGACCACAAUCAUGGACAUCAGUAGAUUCUACUGCAUCAAGUAAAGUUAGUUCGGAAGAAGGAAUAUUUGCAAUUGAUCCAAAUGGUAAUCGAAGUAGUAUAGCUUCAAUUGAUGAGUCUAAUGAAGAUGAGUUAUUUGAUAGCAGAGAUAUAGUUGAUAACAAUUCAUCAGCAAGUAAUCAUGUUACAACUAUUAUGGUACCUUCAACAGAACAAGAAAAUGAAAUAUCUUCAAAUAAUUCAAAAAUUCUUGAUGCCCGUUCAAUAUCAGAGGGCCAAUUACAAACAAUGAAUGGAGGUAUUGUUGUAUCUGAGUCAGCUGAUUGUGUUUCAGCAGCUUGUUAA